AACCAUAGAUUGAAAAGGAAGGGGAUUGGAAACGAAAAUUUUUGCGUGAAACACUCCGCGUUAUAGGGCGUGGCUAAAACUACAAAGGAAUUAUUUUAUAGUCAGCAUGCUUAUGCAGUAAAUAAUACACAUCAUCACAACAGGUGACAAAACCUCUAGUUGACUUAAUAGCUUCGCAAAACAAAAAUUACCCCUAUGAAGUCCUCGUACACCAAAUCAACACGAAGAACAAAAUAAAAGAAACAAGAAGAAAUACAGGACUGCAGGUGGCUAAUGAGAUACAAGAGUCUCUCACACCACCAAUGCAAUUAGCAACAGACCUUGCAAGAGAAAAAGGUGCCUCCAGCUGGCUCACUGCUUUACCGCUAGAAGAGCACGGAUUCGCACUCCACAAAAUAGUAUUCCGUGAUGCCAUUGCCCUUCGGUAUGGCUGGCCCCCAUCGCAGAUCCCCACAAACUGUGUGUGUGGCCAUUCUUUUUCAGUGCAACAUGCCCUCUCGUGCCCUAGAGGAGGAUUCCCCUCAAUUAGACACAACGAGCUGAGAGACAUCACACCAUCGCUUUUAAAAGAAACUUGCCAUGGAGUGGCCACUGAACCGUCUCUACAACCCAUCACAAGCGAAACAUUCAACAGAACCACCGCAAAUCGACAGAACGGUGCCCGUCUUGAUGUAGUGGCUAAUGGUUUUUGGGGAAGUUCUUUCGAGAGAGCGUUCUUUGACGUUAGGGUUUUUAACCCAUUUGCUCCCUCGAACAGACACUCCUCUCUAACCGCAUCUUAUCGCCACCAUGAGAACCUGAAAAAGAGGCACUAUGAACAACGUAUAAGAGAAGUGGAGCACUCCUCUUUUACCCCCCUGGUCUUCGCUACCACAGGUGGCCUUGGCCCAGCAGCUGGAGCCUUCUACAAACGCCUGGCCAGCAUGCUCUCAGACAAAUGGAAGCAACCAUACAGCACCACCAUUGGCUGGCUAAGAUGUAGAAUAUCUUUCUCUCUACUCAGAUCCUCCAUCAUGUGUCUGAGAGGCGCCAGAUCUUCGAAGUCAUCUUUCAACGGCCAUCUAGCUGCUUCCGUGGACCUCACCAUUGCGGACUCCAACCUCUCUGUCUAAACUCUGAAUAAUAAUAAUAUUAUAGCUUCACAUUACCCUGCCAUAUCUAUAUAUUAGCCUCAGUCACUCAUUCAUUACAUGUUUAUUAACAUUUCAAAAAAAAAAAAAAAAAAAAAAAAGAAA